CACGUGACUCGCAUGAUGGUAGUGAAGCGCGUGUUGAAUGCGCUGUAUUCGCCGAAGUGGUUGAUCGCGACCAACACCACCACUGGCGCCCUCUUUCUCGGCGCCGGCGAUCUCAUCGAACAGCAGCUCAUCGAACGCCGGCUUCUGCUCCGCGCGCAACACUUCGACGCAAACAGAACUCUCGGAAUGACUUUUACGGGAAUUUAUUUCGGAUUUUGCGGACAUUUUUGGUACAAAUUCCUCGACAAGCGCUUCCCGUCUUCGGCGCGCAAACACCUGCUCCAGAAGCUGUCGUGCGAGGCGGCCAUCGGUCCGCCAUUCGGCGCUUCCGUCUUCUUCAUCGUCGGCCAAUGGGAAGGAAAGCCCGUUCGGCAAAGCCUUCGCGAAUUGCGCGCCAACCUCGCGCUCCUCUGCCUCAGUCUCUUUCUGCGGACGCGCUGUCCUCUGGCGGCCGCCAAGCGCUCAGUGAUCGGCACUUCUCACGCCUCGCAGCGCGACGACGAGGUCUUCACUUCCAAACUCAGCGGAAUCGACGCCGGAGUUGUCGUUCUGUCCCUCAAUCGCCCGAAUGGCGCGAACUCUCUGUCGCGAGGAAUGGCGCGACUGUUGAACGAAAGUCUGUAUCAGUUGUCGAAAGACGAAGAGCUGCGCGUUCUCAUCAUCCGCUCGACGGUUCCCGGCAUCUUCUGCGCCGGCGCUGACCUCAAAGAGCGCGCGACGAUGCCCGAGAAGGACAUCCCGCCCUUCGUGGCCAAACUGCGCGCCAUCGCGAACGCCAUCCACGACUUCCCGUUCCCCACCAUCGCCGCGAUCGACGGCGCGGCCAUUGGCGGCGGCCUCGAGUACGCGCUGGCGGCGGACCUGCGCGUGACCGCUUCCAACGCGAAGAUGGGAUUGGUGGAGACGAAGCUGGCCGUGAUUCCGGGCGCGGGGGGGACGCAGCGGCUCUCGCGCCUCAUUCCCCUCCAUCUCGCGAAAGAACUCAUUUUCACCGGACGUCUCAUUGACGGCCACACCGCGUAUCAGAUCGGAAUCGCCAACUAUUCGGUGGAGCAGAACGCCAAUGGCGACGCCGCCUACCGGCGCGCCGUCAAACUGGCCGAAGAGAUGAUCCAGAACGGCCCGGUGGCUUUGAAAGCGGCCAAAGUGGCCAUCAAUCGCGGCUCCGAAGUGGACCUGCAGUCGGGACUGGCCAUAGAGGCGGCGCAACACACGCUGACUGUCGGCACGAAAGACAGAAUCGAGGGCUUGGCGUCCUUCAAGGAGAAGCGGAGUCCGAAAGAGCGCGCGUCGAAAGGUCCUAAAGGCGCGAUUAGAGCAGCGCUGCUUCGCGUGGAGAUGUCGAAAGCGCCGAACGAUCCGCUGACCACUUUCAAGCUGGUGGUGGUGGGCGACGGCGGCGUCGGGAAGAGCGCGCUCACCAUCCAGUUCUUCCAGAAGAUGUUCGUCACGGACUACGACCCCACCAUCGAGGACUCGUAUCUCCAGCACACAGAAGUCGACGCCGAGUGGUGCGUUCUGGACGUGUUGGACACCGCGGGUCAGGAGGAGUUCUCCGCCAUGCGGGAGCAGUACAUGCGCAAAGGUAGGCCAGCCGUUCUCCCGUCAACUGUGCUCAUUGUUUGCCGUUUCCCAGGCGACGGCUUCCUCCUCGUCUAUUCGGUGACAGACAAGCAGUCGUUCGAAAACAUUCGCCAUUUCUUCACUCAAAUCCUUCGCGUCAAAGACCGCGACUCUUAUCCCAUGCUUUUGGCCGCCAACAAAGUGGACCUGGUCCAUCUGCGCAAGGUCACCGAGGAGCAGGGCCGCGAGAUGGCCGCGCAACUCAAGGUGCCGUACAUCGAGACGAGUGCCAAAGACCCGCCCCUCAACGUGGACGCCGCCUUUCACGAAGGUUUCCAUCUCUUUGAUUAUUGUCUUUGA